CCAAAGACCCCAUACGGUCAUCUCCUUGAUUUAUGUUUGGGCUUUCUUUUGCGAAAUCACGGACGCUGUCGUUCAUUUGAACCUUAAAAGCACUAUUCUAUCCAGGUUUAUAAGAUCCAACGAGGAAAAAUCUGCCGAAGCGGCCGACGCCAUGAAUACGCCCACGUCGAUGUUGAAAUCUAACAAGCAAAGCUCUAACCCGAAGGACUUUGGCGAUGUUUUGCGUGUCAAUCUAUCUGGAAACGCGUACUGUCAUGUUUUGGGCCCGCCAAACGGGGACGACUCCGUUACGCCUUUCUGGACGACGAGUGAUAAGCAUUCCCUUGGAAUGCCGACCUGGAUUAUGGGCGUACGUUACGAUUUUGGAAAGCGAUGGUACGGUGUGAACCAUUGGAUGACGCUACUCCGAUGGCAACCACGGAGAAAAAUGAACGACUUGUCAUUGCAACCGUCUCUGCGCCCGAGCUGUUAUGACCUUUCGUUCGGGAAGGAUUUGAAGAAAGACGACCUGCACAUAUACCAUCCUCUUCAAGCAGUGCAAAUUAAACUGCAGUGGCUGUGUCUAGAUUUUCAGAAACGUCAGCAGCUACUUAGUCUGUCGGGAAGGCUGCACUCGAAUGGAAACGUCGACACUUGCCUACAAUUGCCGUUUUCGAACCGGUUUCGAUGGCAUGGAAAGCUGACUGUACCUGUCAGUGUCUACUUUGACGAGCCAAUGUAUCCAUUGGGAUCCCCGCAAUUAUGGAACACGUUGCCAUCUGUUUCCGACUUGCUCAAUGGGGGGACAUGGAUUCCGGACCUAUCCAUCGACCCUACAGGGUGCAUGGAGUCUCUCAAUAAUCUGUGGAUCAAAUCUCCUUGGCAAUUGAAUACUCGCUUAGGUGUUCGACUAGUUGCGCGUCGUCGGUUUUCCGGUUCGCCGUGGUUGGGCACUAUGGACACCAAAGACCAAGAACCCGAACCGCGUACCCAAGUCCGGUUGGAAGUCUCCAAUAUUGGCUUGCGGACAACUCAUAAAGCUUGUUUAGAGACGCACCUGGAAACACCGGUGGCAUCCAUGCGGCUACUACUUGUCUCUUCACACAUUUGUAAUCCCAUUUUGAAGUCGACUCUUGGUUUGCCAGAGUGA